GCUUGCUAGCACGCCAAACCUCUCUUUCUGCACCGUCGCUCUUUUGUUUUGGCUUCUUUCUCUCCUUCGCUGUGAUUCCACACACCUAGUCCUGCCAUUGCAGCGAAUGCGCCUUAUCUCCGCCCUCGACGCUGCACUCGCGGCCACCCACCACCGAACACUUUCGCCCAACGCGCCUGCCCUCCACGAGUCCCGCACCCGGACGACCACCCCAGCAUGGCGACCAAGGCCAUGAACGUCCCCAGCUUCGGCGGCGCUCAUGCAGCGGGCAUCUUUUCCGACAUGACGGUCGACGGGCCGGUAAUAGGCACCCUAGUUGUCAUCAUGGACCGCGCCCGCAACCUGCCUAACAAGAGGACCAUGGGAAAGCAGGACCCGUACUGCGCUGCCCGGUUAGGCAAGGAAGCAAAAAAGACAAAGACCGACAAACGAGGCGGCCAGACACCGAGAUGGGACCAGGAAUUGCGCUUCACCGUCCACGACUCGCCCGACUACAACCGCCUCAAGGUGUCUGUCUUCAAUGACGACAAGAAGACGGAACUCAUCGGCGAGGCCUUUGCGAACCUCAACUCCGUCAUCACCCCCGGUGGAGGCCAGAGUGACGAGUGGCUCGGCCUCAAUUGCAAGGGCAAGUACGCUGGCGAGAUCCGAAUGGAGAUCACCUACUACGACACCCGUGAGAAGAGCGAGAAGCUGGUACAGCAGAAGAAGAGAGAGUCGACCAAGCCAGAGGGGCAGGCGGCUGUAGGUGGAGCGCGAGAUAUGGCACCCGUCAAGCGACGCCCGCUGCCCAGCGACCCCACAAGCGCGACGCCAUCACCUAUACACACACCAGAGCACCGAGGAUUGCGGGGCGUUAGAGCUGGCCCGCGAGAGCUGGGCUCCCCGCGACACCAAAGGACAGCCACCGAGCCAUCACCAACACAGCGCAGCCAGCCCGACACAGCUUCCCGCAGGCCGGUGCCAGAUGCGUCUCCCCUCAAUCCUGCGUCAUCAUCGAGCCAGAACACUCCUCAGCGCCCGGUACCGCAGACCUCCUACAGCACACCUCCGAACCCGCGCUCAUCAGCCCAGAGGAUGCCCCUACCAAGGGAAGAGAGCUUCGACAUGUCCUACGCCGCGCCCAAGCCAUACGAGGUGAAGCCCAUCGAUCCUCUGCCACAACACGUUCGGCACUCAGACCAGAGGAGGAUGUCCCAGGAAGACGGUCGAUCUCCCAGAAGCCAGGCGCUGCAACACCCCGAGCCAAUACAUUCUCACUCGGCUCCGGUAGUCCCAACGCAGCACGCAUAUGAAUCUCCGGCACAAUCGCAAAAGCUGCAGGAGCAGCAGAAGCAGAUCGAGUAUUUGCAGCAACAGCUACUCCAGCAUCAGCAGUUUGAGCCUCAACGAAUUGAGCCGGCCCCGCAGCCAGCUCAGCCAUACGCGCAAGACCAGUACCAGGAUCCGACUUAUCAAGUUGCACCUCUGCGAAGCAGUCGUAGCCGCGAGCACGCCCAGGAACAGGCGCCUCCACUCGACCAAUACUACGGCCAACGGUUCAUCGAGGCUCCUCCCCUACAAGACGAGAGCCCUACACAUCGGAGACGCAGCGCCAUGCAGCCCAUGGUCGAAGACGAGGAUGACAUGCCACCACCGCCGCCAAUGCACAAGCGCAAUGCCAGCACGUUACCUCACCCUAAUCAAGAAAGUCCCGAGCGUGAGAGGUACCGCGAAGAAGCCCCUGCGCCCCUCAGCUUCUCGGCGAGAUCGCGUGAGGAGCCCCGUCAGUUCAGUUACGAUAUGCCGCCUCAGCAAUAUGAGCCCGACAACUACGCGCCUCGACAACCUGCAGAGCGACGCUACACUCAUCCUCGUAUGCCGGCGCAGCCAUCAAGCCGUCCAGUGUCUCGCGACAACAUGGUGCCAUCCCCACUGCGACAGGAACCCCUGCGACAGGAAGCACCGGCACUGCCGAGUGCACUCAUCGCUGGACUCAUCCCACAAAGACAGGAGAUUGAAGCGCCACCUUACGAAGCGCCCCCAUCGUAUGAGACACCGCCGAGACUGCGCCACUACUCUGAGCCUGCAGAGUAUCGGGCCAUCACUCAAUACGAAGACCCUGUUCAGUCGCAGGAACUGGUUCAUCAUUCCGCGUACCAAACGAACGACUACUAUCCCCAUGACCCGCCUGAGCAGCCUCGACAGAUGUCUCCCCCAGUUUACGAUGCUGGCCCGAUCAUCAAGCCGCGUGCUACGAGCCCUAACGUGAGCUCACGCUACUCUCCCAACCCAGCUAUGGAGCGCUACUCGCCCAACCCGAUCAUGGAUCGCUACUCUCCCAACCCUGAGAUGGAACGACACUCUCCUAACCCGGCUACCGAUCGCUCAUCUAGGUUGCCUGCGAGAAGUAUGCCGACGCGUAAAUCAGUGUCACCUCGCCCACCACCUUCCAGGGAAGAUAUGGGUGAGCGACGACUGUCUGGAGUAGCCUUCAACCCCGACAGUUUCGACGUCUACAACCCUAGGAUAUCGAAGUCUCCCAUACCUUCGGACGACGAGCUCGAGCGGCCAGGCAGCCGUAUGGAGUACAACGACAAAGGACAGAUUGUCACAUUCAGCGGACGGGUUGUCGAUGCGUCCGACCAUCUACCUGUCGACAACUGGGCGCCUGAACCAGUACCCAAGGGCACAGUGAAGGAGAAGGCUCCUCGCACAAGAGCUCAGCUUAACGGCAGCAGAGACCUCGAGGCCGCGAUGCAACGCGAGGAACGAUACCAGCGAGAGCGUGCUGACAGAGAGCGCAUUCGCCAUGCCGCCAGCAUGAACUUCGACAACAGCAACGCGCUAGUCACCACGAGACAUGACUUCAAUAACGACUACAAUUCGCCUGUGAACGCAGGUGCGUUGGUCCUCGCAAGCCAGAGCCAGCACAACGCACCUCCCAACCCAACAGCACGCAGCAGGCCCACAAGGCGCGAUCAACGCCCUGUGUCCGCUUACGACUCCCCACCGCAGUACCAGCUGCCGGACCGACAGGUCCUCCGCGAACGCGACAACCCCAACAGCUACGGCAGCAGCCCCAGCUACGACCGACGUGGUACCCAAAGGCACAGUGUCGCGGCACCGCCCAUCCCCGCCAAGGUACCCAUGGACAUGAACGGCGGCGGCUACGGUACACAGAACGAGGACAUGGCGCUCAGCUUAGAGCUGCAGAGCAUCGACAUUGGCCCCGGUUCCGGUGGACGCAGACCACGUGCCGCCACGGCUAGACGACAGUACGGAUACUAAUGGCACAACAUGGAAACGCU